AUGGCCUACUCAAGCCAGAGUAGACACUCCCGCUCAUGGGAGUGGCGUCUCUUGGUCUUAUUCAUUCUUUUUAAUAUCUUUUCUACAGCUACGGCUCAGUUUUACGUGUGCAAUUCCACCAGUCCCUGUGUGAACGGUGCAUGCUGCGGUGUGAAACCCGGUGAAGCCUCAGGUCUCUGCGGCUACGACCCCGACGACCAAUGCAGCAAAGCAAACUGCGUCAGUAACUGUGACGCCAAAGCCGAAUGUGGCAAAUGGGCUGCCACUGCUGGCGCCAAAUGCCCCCUGAACGUCUGCUGUUCAUCAUACGGAUUCUGCGGAACAACAAGCGAGUUCUGCGACAAGGGUGACGACGACAACAAGAGUUGCCAGAGUAAUUGCGGCUCGCCGACGGAGCCGUCGUGUUCUUCGAACGAUGUGCUGAAAAAGGUGAUCGGAUACUACGAGAGUUGGGCGAGUAACAGUCGCAGGUGUGAUGGCUGGACGCCGAACCAGCUGCCCGCGCAGAGUCUGACGCACUUGUCGUUCGCGAAGAACCUCGUCCGCAUGCUGCAGAAGUAUGGACUCAACGGAGCAGAUCUCGACUGGGAGUAUCCCGGUGCCGAUGAUCGAGGAGGAAACAGUGACGAUACAGAGAACUUUGCCAAGUUGCUCAGAACCAUCCGAGAUGAGUUCAACGCCAGUGGACAAAACUAUGAGCUUUCUUUCACCAUCCCCUCUAGUUACUGGUAUCUCAGACACUUUGACGUGCCCAAGUACCUUGCCAGUGGAGCCGACUGGUGUAAUAUGAUGUCGUAUGAUCUCCACGGUGUGUGGGACGGUCACGAUCCCUACAUCGGCAAGGUCGUCGGCGCGCACACCAACUUGACAGAGAUUGCUCAGGCCAUGGAUCUGCUGUGGAGAAACGACGUCGAUCCGUCCAAAAUUGUGCUGGGAAUUGGGUUCUACGGACGGUCGUUCACGCUCUCGGAUCCCAGCUGUACCAAGCCCGGCUGUCCGUUUAGUGGAGGCGGCGCAAACGGCACCUGCACCCAGACUUCUGGAAUCUUGUCGUACAAGGAGAUCCAGGAAAUCAUCACUGAUUCGGAAAACGUUCCUGUGUGGGAAGAAGAAGCUGGAGUCAUGUAUCUCACCUGGGACGAGAACCAGUGGGUUUCGUUCGACACAAACCAGACCUUUAAGCAAAAGGUCGACUAUGCGAAUGACCAUUGUCUGGGUGGUGUGAUGAUCUGGUCCAACGACCAGGAUACAUACGACUGGCAAGCACUGAGCGCCCUCCUGGGCAAGACAGUUGAUGGGGGUUCGCUGCUUCAAGGGUCGAAUAGUAAUGACGAAGACGCAAAGAGUCUGGUGCAUUCAUAUAACAAGUACACCGGCGGUGAUUGCUACAUCAGUGACUGCGUGGACUGGAACCGUGGCUCAUGCAAAAAGGGAUACAGCAUUCUGGAUUACGUCCAUAAGGGAUCUCUUGGUGUCAUCUCAGACCCCGAUGACAAGCUCUGUAAGACGGGCGAUACAACCGAGGAUGAAGACGAGGACUCUCAAUACCGACUCAUUUGCUGUCCCACCGACGCCAUGCCGACGUGCUCCUGGACUGGAGGAUCGCCGGACGGCUUCUGCACUGGUGGCAAGGAUGAUACGUGUGGGGGCAACAAGUUUGAACUUGUUCGAGAUCAUUACAACGAUCGAACUGGCUCGUCUCCUUGUACUGUCAACUCGCGCUCGCUCUGCUGUUCCACCCUGAACCAAUUGGAUCAGUGCUCGUGGACUGACUGUAAUGAAGAAUGUGAAAAGAGCUGGUACAGAUUCUCGAACUUUUCUCUUAACGCAGGACCGAAUCUGAACCAGAACAACGAAUACUGUACCGGCACGGCCGAGUUCUGCUGUCCUUCGAAAGACACGCUCAAAAACUGCGUCUGGGCCAACUGCGGUGAAUCCUGCCCCGAAAAGAAACUGCUCGUGACACGUCGCAACCAGCUCUGGAAUCCCGACGUGCCACAUGGACAAGUCGGGGAAUACUGGUGCGGCGACGAUGAAAUGAUGAGCAUGUGCUGCGAUCCUCCCAGCGCAGGUGGAGAGGCCCCGGUUGAUCCAGCUGAUCUGUUCGAGUACCCCGAUGAAGACAACGUUAGCUGGUACGAGAAAACCGAGCCAGGCGCCAAUACCGAAGCGUCGGAUAUUGAAGACGAGGAUCCUUUUGGGUUUGUGAUGAUCGAUGGUGACACGGAUGCGUAUGAUCAGUCGCUGGUUGAUCAAUGGACUUUCCUCGACGAUAGCGGUGGUGCGCUGCAUAGCAAGCGCUCUACAACAGAGCACAACCUGUUUGGCUCGCGAGAUGAUACUUUUGACCACGUCGAAGAGACAUAUCAGAUCAAGUGCAGUAGUUUGUUGAAGAAUGACACCGGAUGCCACUCAAUCUUCUCCGGAGGUGCUUCGAACACGAUUGUCAAGAUGCCUGCGAAUGUCGGAGCUGCCGGUCCCUAUGCACGAGUCAUUAGUCUGACGCCUCGCGGAUCGACAACCAAGAGAGGCAAUGUGCUUCCUCGGUCUGCCGGUCAGGUCUACGACAUGAAGGUGGACUAUGACCUCGCCGCCGCAGGUGAAGAGGAGAAAGGCGAUGUCAACUUCCGCGUGGACUUCACCAAUCUCCAGGGAUACUGGGACAAGAUUACCGACAGCCCAGCCAAGCACAAGAAGCGCUGGUUCGGCGACUUUGACGCUUGGCUCGAGAAAGUCACCAGCAUCGUCAAAUCCGAAAAAGGCUAUCUUCCUCUGGCCUAUGACGGCAGUGUGAAACUUCUAGAGUUGACCCAGAACUGCUCUGGCGACAGUCCAUACAAGCUGGAUCUCGAUACUCGUCUCAAAGUCGGUCUGCAUGCACAAUACGCCUAUUACUUCGAAGGGGCCAUCCUGCCAGCCCCCAAGAUGAUUGCCUCUUAUGCCUACUUCUCCAUCAAUCCCAGUGCUGAGCUAAUCUUCCAGCUCAGCGGAGAAGCAACCUUCCAAUCCACAACUGGAGAGGCCGAUCUGAUCGACGGUAUCCCAUUCUCUGGUCUAUCUAUCAAGGGUUUGAUCAACAUUGGACCAGAGCUCGGCGUCACCGGGUCAAUCGACACGUCCCUCACCUUCGCCGGUGAGUUGCAAGCCGGCGUGGGAGUCGAGUUCCAGAAAACAGAAGUCUACUUCCCUCAGGAUUCCGACGCGAAAGAUGCGACAGUCAAGCCAUCUGGUCUGAGAGACAAUGACCGGGAGAAGGAACCUGCCUUUCUGGUGACACCCAUGUUUGAGUCCUCUGCCACCGCCUCUGGACACAUAAAUAUGAACCUCACACCCAAGGUGCGAUUCGGAAUUUCCGUUCUGGGAGGAAAGCUCUCUGGAGGCUUCGUGACUGCCGGGGUGGAGAAUACCAUCAGCGUUGGGUUCGACUCGAGUACCACCACCAGUACCAGCUCCGGCUCCAGUUCUGACAGCUUCUGCUACUGGGCCGAUUAUCUGUACAGUCUGUUUGUGCAGGCCGAAGUCAAAUUUCCCGGCGACUUGAUCUACUGGGGCUCGGAGAAGCUCGAGCUCGACUCGCCAGACGAUGCAAUCACUCUGAUCGACAAGAAAUGCAUGCCCUAUGAGAAGAACGUGAAGAUCACGCCCAGAGACGACAUCAACUACAGCGGCUCGAGUGAUCCUCCAAUAGCUUGGGAUACUUCAGAUCAGGGCAACAUCAUUGCGGUCAACCCCCGCACCGACGGGGAGCCCAUCUUCAGCGCACUCAUGGCAUGUCCCGGAACGAACGACUCUGUCACAGAUGACGGGGGUGACUUGUGUACCAUUGGGUCAACCAAGCGAGCCACAACCAACUGCGACCCGCCUCCAGCACUCUUCUACAACUGCGACUAUUUCCCCGACCUGGCGGUGGCCAAUAAUAACAAGAAGACCAACGGGAACAAGAAAACGCAGACGCUCACAGGUAUCUGCAACAACAUCAAGGGCUACCUGGACAGCCACAAAAACGCUCCUGGCGUGGGAUCGAACUGGAUGCUGCUCACAUACUGGAAAGACCCCUCGGAAUCCAAUCGAGUGCAGUCCUGUGGCCAACCAGGAGGUCCUGAAAAGCAAUGCACUGAUCUCAAGAAGUCAUUGUGGCCGGAGGAUGUUCAGGCGCAAGUCAAGAAGGACAAGAACCAAUUUGCGGCAAGGAAGAUGACCGGAUGGAAGAAUGAUAUGUCCUGUGACGAGUUUCCUUUCAAUGCCUGCCACCAAGGAGGCGCUGGAGCUGCAACCGCCUGCGCACCGGCUGAGCAGCAAGACUAUCAGAGAGAUAUCAAUGGCUUCAUACCUAACAUCCUAGACAGGGACCAUGGCAACAGGAGGGGGGGCGACGAGCCCCACUACGGCAAACUGGCCAACGAUGUGCGACAAUAUAGCGUGAACCUGUUCUACGGUAGCCAGAACGAUGAGAAAAUCGGCGGCUACAUGAACAAGGGAGGCGUAAUCUACGACGAUCCCAACGGAAAAAACCCCAGCGUCAAUCCAGGAACGAAACUGAAUUACGUGAUUGGGGGUGUGAACCUCCAGAGCGACCGCUGGAGGAUCAAAAAGAACGGUAAGGGGUUAAACGCCCUCUGCGUCCAGAGUCUGCCCCCGGUGAAAGUGCAGAACGAUGACAAGAUGAUCAUGACGUAUCCGGUUCAGAAAUGCCGCGUCGACUUUGUUGCCGCAAAGGACGUGAAGAAGCGUGGACUGGAUCCGUAUAACACUCAACACUGGGUCGUUGAUGGUGAGUUUACGUGCUUCUUUUUUCUUUCGGGAAAAAUGCUAAUCUACUUUUAG